AUUCGCAUUACAGUUACUCGCGGUUACAGAACUCAAAUAAGGAAAUGAGAACCCGAAUCCCCCCAAUUCCCCCAAACAAAGUGUUCAUAGCUGUACCCGCUCUGUGAGGAGGUAAAGCGAACGGUCUAUCUGGCGAGCGCGUGCGAAACACUCCAACAGCCUGUUUUCAUGUGUGCAGAAUCUACUGCGCUCGUGCCCAAGAAAAAGACAGACGACGCCAGUAAGCGUUAUUUCAAGGGGAUAUAUUCACUCACUGUUCGAAGUCUUGUUCACGGUUUCAGGAAGGAAACGGGCGGACAAGUAUUUACUUACACCCACUUUCUUAUCACGUCAAUUCUACGAAAGGGAUACUGCAGUAUGUCGUCGAAAGUGGUCGUACUAUAUUUGUGGAUUCUCUACCAAAGAGCCACCGUUGAUGGAUUUACUUGGGUUGUUCCGCCACCCUUGAGUGUUAGUAUCUGCAGUGAAGCAACAAACACGCUGUACCUGAAUUGGACCUAUACACCAGCUGCACCACUACCUUUCUUGAUACAGUGGACAAGAGUUGAUACAAGUGGAACUCGUAUUACCAUUGCAAGAUUUUCAGGGUCUACUGAAGUAUUUACACCACAAGGACCGUAUGUUGGAAGAGUGAGUAGAGCAGGAAAAACAGCAGAAAUUGCAUUAACUGGACCAUUUACAGCUGAAGAUGCAGGCAUAUACAAGGUUUCUGUGACUAACUCAUCUGGUUCAUCUUUAGAUGCAGAAGAAAAUGUACCAUAUGCAAAUGUGACGCAAGAGCCUGUUAAGAUUACAUCCACGCAAGAAAACACUUUUGACUUCACUGUCACCUGCUCAUUAGGUUCAGCAACAAAUCUCACACUUGUGUUAUGGGAUGGAAACACACGCCUCCAGCCAGAUACAGAAUCUGCAGAUGGGAUAACCAAGACCAUUCCAAGUUCAAGUGGGAUGACAAUAAAGUGUUCCGUGACUGGACAAGGAUCAGAUUGCAGGACAUCGAAUGACGAUUCUGUAAAACUUCCAGUCUCAACCUUUGUGACCACAAGCAUUAUCAUUGUUGUCAUUAUUAUCAUAAUACAACCGGACUAGUGCUUCUGGUGGUCUACUUAUUUUUCUUCAUUGAUUCAGUGAAGCUGAUAGUCAAAGACAACAAACCUGUGGAUGACGAUCUUGUCAAGAAAUUGUUUAAUGAAACUGAAAUGAAGGUGACACCCGAAAUAGACGAGAAAGAAGUUCAUAUUGUUCUCAAGAAGUCUAUAAAAGCAAAGGAAAUUACCGAAAGAAGCGUGCCUGGCAGACAAGUUGAGAUUGUACCAAAGAGAGAUGACAAAAAGAGAAAAUAUCUGCGGAUUGCAACAAUUGCCUGUGGAGCCAUUCUGAUAUUGAUAACUGUAAUAUUCAUUGGUCUGAAAGCAGCAAAGUGUAAUGGAGCAUCUUCUGAGGGAAUCUUCAUCGGGGCUGUCUUUGUCAGUGUUUUGGGACUGAUAUUUGGAAUUGCAACUGUGGUCGUGCUGUUCCUUAAGAUGGUUGGAGAGAGAAAAUAGUCUGAUGGAACAAUGCAGUGAGUUAUCCUGUUGGAAAGUGAUAUAUUCUUUCAUGUAGUCUGAUAGUGCUAACUGUGUGCUUAUUCCACAUCUGAGCACCUAAACUUGCUAUGAAAUAUGUUUUGUUAUUUGUGAUGGAAGACUAUGUCAGAGACAGCCUGAGAUAACUCAGUGUGUUGCAGAACAACAGAAGAUCUGCAUUAGGUAUUAGAAGCUUAAUCAAUGAAAUAGCUGAAUCCACAAUAACAUGAUGGAUAAUAAUAAUGAUGUAUUGUAUCUCUCUGUGCAUGAAAUGCUGAGCUACUUGCUGGUCAACAUAUGAACGCUUCACUGUCUUUUGCAUUCUGUAAGUAAUGAAACUGAUGUGAAAACAUAAUUGGACUUUAAUAACGUGACACAUUUUUAUCCUGACAUUUUGCAAUAUAUUGUCAUGUCAGGUUCACAGCUCUUAGCUGAAAGCAGUAACAUGUCACAAAGCUCAUCAUAAGUAAUAUGAUCGACUAGAUUCAUACUGUGCCUCUCACCAAGAUCAGAGUUAUGUGUGGUUGAUACAUUAUGUGAUGACAUGUCAGACAUUUGAAGUUUGUGAACAGAGCAAAUGAUAUGAUUUGAACUGCUGUCACCCAACAACAAUUAUAAUGGACUCUACAGUCUACAGUCUUGGUGUUACAUUUUGAUGACAUUUUUGUAGUUGAGAGGAAGAACUACUUGGAUUAAUUUGAGGAUGCAUUUUAGCCACAGGCUCAACACUCACAUUAAUUUGGUAAUGCAUUAAUUUCAUGAUUUACAGUAUA